AUGCAACUAUUCCAGAAUAUUCUUGUUUCCAUUGCUUUGCUCACCCAGGUAGUUUUUGCUAUUGAGAUCACCGAAAACAAGGUCGAUCGAGGCACAGUCACCUUGAACUUGAGCGACAUUACCAUUUACCCUGGGGCUUCCUGGUCUAUUAUCGACAAUGCUUACACCAGCUUCGUUGGUAAGUUAGACGUCAGGGAUGGUGCGGGGUUGUAUAUCUCCCUGACCUCUCAUCUUUUGGCCCUUCAAGUCAGUUUAACAGCAUUGCUCCACUCCAUCACCAACAACGGAGUCGUCUCCUUUGACUCGCGUAUUUCCAGAACCUCGUCCUCCUAUGACUUGCGAGGCGUCUCCUUCACCAACAACGGGGAAAUGUACUUUGCUGCUUCCGGUGAGUUCUCCAGCUCCACUGCACUCACUUCUGCCCUGUGGACCAACACCAGGUUAUUGCUGUUUUACCAAAAUCAAAGAACCUCCGGCACCGUAAGUCUUGGUAUGCCCUUGGGAUCCAUCACCAACAACGGUCAAGUCUGUUUGAAUAACCAGGUCUACGAACAAACAACCCAAAUUAAGGGUUCGGGUUGUUUCACUGCCAACGGCGACUCCACCAUUUACAUCUCCAACGUUUUGUUAGCUGUUUCCCCCAAACAGAACUUUUACUUGACCGACAAAGGUUCCUCCAUGAUUGUCCAAGCCGUAUCUACCACACAAACAUUCAACGUCUAUGGUUUUGGGGAAGGUAACAAAAUUGGGUUGACUAUUCCAUUGAUGGGAAAUCUCUGGAAUUCAGCAUACGCUUAUGACACCACUUCUGGUAUCUUGACCUUGAGAAAUCUUUUGCUUGAACAAAAAUUUAACAUCGGUACAGGGUACGAUCCAUCAAAAUUCCAAGUGGUCACUGAUUCAGGUUCUGGUAUCCCAUCCACCAUUUUAGGGUCUGUUGCAUAUUACGGGCGUGUUCCAGAAAGAACCUUACCAAAGUCUUGUCAGAUUCCUUGCAAGCCAAUACCAGAGGCUCCAGGAACAACACCAACACAAUACACUACUACCAUCACAAAAACCAACACUGCCGGCAACACCGUCACCGAAAGUGGUGUUGUUAACGUUCUGACAGAUAAAGGCGGCUCAUGGUUCACCACCACCUCAAUGUUCCCAGCAUUGUCCACUGCCCCAUCCACUGCAACUGUUUUCUCUAGUGACACCAUUAUGUCAACAGUUGAACCUGAUACCACAGAAUUGGCCUCACUCACAGAUAUCCCUAUCGAAACAUCAUCAGUUGAAGAGUUGUUAAGUGUUAUGUCUAAUUGGGAACCAUCUUCUGCUCCAACUUUAUCCAUUGAAACACCUGUCUCAAGUCACCACUCUUCUAUGCAACAUUCAUCCUUUGAAUCUUCUGCUGAUAUCAAUACCGUAUUUUCCAGCGAGUCUGCAUUUGAAACAGCCAGUGACUAUAUUGUUUCCACGCCUUCACUGAUUUCACAUUCAACCAUGGUACCUCAAUCGUCUGUUUCUGCCUUGUCCGUUGUUAGUGAGUCGCUCGCUUCUGCUGAGCCAUCAUUUGUCGUCCCAAGUGAAUCAUUCAUCUUCAGUGCAUCUUCUGCUGCCCCCCAACCAUCUAGCAGUACUUAUUCAGUCUCAUUCACCACACAAUUUGAAACCCCAUCUUCUGCUGGUCCCUCAUUGGUUACUUCUGUUGAAUCAAAUACUGAACUUAUUUCAUCUGCCACUCAAUCCAGUGAUAUACAAACUGAGUUCACUUCCACUUGGACUACUACCAAUUCUGAUGGUUCUGUUGUUACUGAAUCAGGUAUCAUAAGCCAAUCAGGUACUUCAUUAACCACCUUGACAACCUUCCAGCCAGCCACUUCAUUAGUUGUUCCACCAUAUAGUGUCAUUGAAACUGAGUUUACAUCAACUUGGACCACCACAAACUCAGACAGCUCAGUGGCUACUGAAUCUGGUGUGGUUAGUCAAUCAGACACUUUAUUAACAACCGUGACUACUUUCCCUCCUGCACCAUCUGCUAUUGUACCUGAAUUCACAUCACCUUGGAAAAUCAACACUUCAAUUGAGUCUAGUGAAACAUUAACUGUUAGUGCCAGCUCAUAUGAGACAGUGGGUGAAUCAUUGGCUGCUGCUACCUCAUCAUACUUGUCUUCUGCUACUGUUGUUGUUGCUCCCUCAGAAUCUGAAAUCAAUACUAGCAGCUCAAUAUUGAAUAAUGAAGAGAUUGCUUCUGCUCCAGUCUCCGACACAACGUCUAUUGCUGAACACCAUGAUGGCUCAUUAUCCAUGACCACAACUGAAUUUGUGAACAGCAAUUCCCUUCCAUCAUCUCAUCUGAUUGUCACUGCCACCAUCACCAGUUGCAACAAAUCCAAGUGUUCUGAAAGUGUUGUUACCUAUGUCUCAAGCGUUUCCUGUGCCACUAUUACUGUGGGAGAUUCCGAGAAAAAUAGUUCCAUCGUUGGUAAUAAUAUCAGUAGUAUCGUGGGUGACGAUGUUUCCAACACACAAGCCAUCACAAUGGCAACUUCCACAGAAAGUGCUACUACCCUCACAAGUGUUUCAGGUGCUAAACCAUCAGUUGCUAACGAUGCCACUAACAGUGUACACACCACUGAUUAUACUACUGCCACUACUGGUGUUCAAAAUGGUUCCAGUUUGUCAAUUCCAUCAGACAUCCCCAUUGAAAUUUCUGACAUCACACCAACUGAUUCUUCUUCUUCGGCAGUUACCAUUUCAUAUGAAAACGGAUCCAAUAAAGAACUGAUUGAAAAUAUUAAAUACUUGACAUUGGUAGUUUUCGGAUUGAUGAUGUUUAUGUGA